AUGAAUCGUCUCUUCAUCAAAUCGCUCUGCACUUCCUCCGCCGCCGGCGCCAACCUAAAACCCCCACCGCCCGAUCCCGCCGCCAUCUCCAACCUCAUCCUCUCUUCCCCCAUCCAAUCCCCACUCCCCUCAAACACCCCAUGGACCCCACACCUCGUGAACUCAAUCCUAAAACGCCUCUGGAACCACGGCCCGAAGGCCCUCCACUUCUUCCACCUCCUCGACCGCCGCCACCGCAACUACAUCCACUCCCCCUCCUCCUUCAACCUCGCGAUCGACAUCGCCGCCCGCCUCCACCUCCACACCACCGUCUGGUCCCUGAUCCGCCGCAUGCGCUCCCUCCGCAUCGGCCCCUCCCCGAAAACCUUCGCGAUCGUCGCCGAGAGGUUCGCCUCCUCCGGGAAGCCCGAUAAAGCCGUGAACCUCUUCCUCAACAUGCACGAGCACGGCUGCUCUCAAGAUCUCGCUUCCUUCAACACGAUCCUCGAUGUCCUCUGCAAAUCCAAACGCGUGGAGAAAGCUUACGAGCUCUUUAAGGAUCUUAGAGGAAGGUUUAGUGCUGACGUGGUUACCUACAAUGUUAUUGUGAACGGUUGGUGUUUGAUCAAACGAACCCCAAAGGCUUUGGAGGUGUUGAAAGAGAUGGUUGAGAGAGGGAUAAGCCCUAACCUCACCACUUACAACACAAUGCUCAAAGGCUUCUUUAGGUCAGGGCAGGUGAGGCAGGGAUGGGAGUUUUUCUUGGAGAUGAAGAAACGUAAUUGUGGAGUCGAUGUUGUGACCUAUACUACAGUUGUUCACGGGCUCGGCGUCUCUGGGGAGGUUAAGAGAGCUAAGAAAGUCUUCGACGAGAUGAUUAGAGAAGGAGUGCUACCUUCUGUAGCCACGUACAAUGCGUUGAUCCAGAUUCUGUGUAAGAAAGAUACCGUGGAGAACGCGGUUUUGGUGUUUGAGGAGAUGUUGAGGAAAGGUUAUGAACCGAAUGUGACGACUUACAAUGUGUUGAUAAGAGGGUUGUUCCACGCCGGGGAGUUCACUCGAGGAGAGGAGAUGAUGCGGAGGAUGGAGGAGGAAGGUGGGUGUGAGGCGAGCUUCCAGACGUAUAAUAUGAUGAUAAGAUAUUAUUCGGAGUGCGGCGAGGUUGAGAAAUCGUUGGGGUUGUUUGAGAGGAUGGGGAGUGGAGGUUGCUUGCCGAAUUUGGAUACUUAUAAUAUACUGAUAAGUGGGAUGUUUGUGAGGAAGAGAUCGGAGGAUAUGGUGGUGGCUGGUAAGCUGUUGGUUGAGAUGGUUGAGAGAGGGUUUGUACCGAGGAGGUUUACUUUUAAUCGGGUUCUGAAUGGGCUUCUUUUGACUGGGAAUCAAGGUUUCGCGAAGGAGAUCUUGAGGUCGCAGAGUAAAUCUGGUAGCCGGCUUACUAAGAACUUCAGGCUAUGAAUCCCUUAUGUGCGUGUGAAAGGGAAAGACAUUGCAUUAUUGAAGUUAAUGCAGACUCACUGAAUCAGGAAAGGCAUUGUUCAGAGAGGAUAGAGCA